UAGAAUAGAAUCGCUAACAUUGCUCUGCCAGCAAAGUUUUUGUUGUAGCCCUCGAUAUAUUGCAAUCCGUGUGAACGCAGAUGCUACGAAACGCGGCGAAGAGCGAACGACUGGUGCCGGCCGCGAGAGGAGUGUGCGGCGGCACUAAAUAUCAAAACCUGCGAGUCGUGUCGUGCUUUAGGAAAAUGUGUGUGCGCUGCUGCGGUGAUAUUAUUUUUAGGUUAGGAUUGCGUGUGGGGAGGUUUCGAGACCCCAUCGGCGGCGGAUGGUUGGUCGGUCGGUCAUGCAUGUGUCCGACAGGCGUACGAACGAUGAAGCUGUACCCCGUCCAUCUCCCAUCCGUCUGUGGCCUCAUUGAAAUGUUGACCGACGACGAAGACGACGGCGAUGUUCUUAGGCAGGCAUUGCGGGCGCAAGGGAACCACAUCAGAUCAAACGUAGAGCAACAAAGUUUCAUCGAAACGAAAAGGAGCAAUAUUGCGAUGGUUUUCGGUUACGCUACACGACGAACUACUACCCUACAGCAGCAACACACUCGGAAGUGUGAUCAUGAAUCUUCCGGCUCAUCGAAGAACCCUCCCAUGGUUAACAUGAUACGGAAGUAAGCUCUUACACAGCGGAUGUCCAUCGAGAAGCUUCGAGAUACUCCAACUGUUCUGAGCUACGAAACGAAUGGCUUGUUACGGAUCCUCAUAUUACAAACGGAAGAUCUCCAGCCAACAGACUAGAUUUUGGGUAUAAAAUUUAAUACAAAAAGGAAAUGAUUUUGUGAAAUGUCUCUACUCACUACACUCUUAGCUAAUUUUUUUAAAGCAGAAAGCAAGCUAGCUUAGGUAUUUUAAUUUAAAGAAAAUAUUUAUAUUCAUAUAAUACUGUACUGAUUGUUGUUGAUUUUUUUUGCCACUA